CGCCCGCGCGGCCGCCGGUCCCCGCCCCUCCGCCAUGGCCGAUGUGGAGGACGGGGACGAGCCCGGCGCCCCCCACUCGCUGCCGGGCUCCGCGGGCUCCAAGGCGGGCGCCCCCGACAAGAUGUUCUCGCUGAAGAAGUGGAAUGCGGUGGCCAUGUGGAGCUGGGACGUGGAGUGCGACACCUGCGCCAUUUGCCGGGUGCAGGUCAUGGAUGCCUGUCUUAGAUGUCAAGCUGAAAACAAACAAGAAGAUUGUGUUGUGGUUUGGGGAGAAUGCAAUCAUUCCUUCCACAAUUGCUGCAUGUCCUUGUGGGUGAAACAGAAUAAUCGCUGUCCCCUCUGCCAGCAGGACUGGGUAGUCCAGAGAAUAGGCAAAUAAAAACUGGAAGGAUUUCUUUCUAUUGCAGUUAUUGGAAUGGUGUGUGUGUUAUGCUCUAUGCUCAUGAAGAACGGAAUGUGUCCAUCAGGACAUGACUCACUUGGUUUAUCUGCUCCAAGACCAGAGUGAGUUUGGUGCAGGCCUCUGCCUGCUCAAGGUGCAGCCCAUGGUCAGGCUCACUGCAGGGGUUCCACAAUUCAAACAGGAGAUGCUACUUCGACAAAUGUAUCUGCUGUGAUGUGAGUGUUGUCUGGAUCAGAGCACAGAAACUUAGAGCAUUUAAUCUUUCUCCAUUGAUAAAUUAAUUAAAUUCAAAGGAUCACCUUACGUGGUCUGAUACACUGCAUAGUUUACUGCCAGGAUAAAGAAAAUGUUUCCUAUGUACUAUUGUAUGCAAAAACACAGUCAGUGUGUUUUUUAAGAAAGUAUUUUGAGUUUUAAUCUAAAAUUAAUAGCGUGUAAAACAUUUGUCAUGUGCUUUUCCCAUCGCACUGUAUUAAACAUUUCUAAUUUAGGUCUUCUUUAUGACUUUCGUUUUGUUGUAUCUCUAAAUCUGUUGCUCUAUUAUAUUCUGUACAUGAUUUCUACAACUAUAACAUUAAAAUGUUACCAUGUUAAUGACUUUUUUAUUUGAAUUUCUGUUAGUGACCAUGGAGACAUGUAUUUUUAAUCCCAAGAUUUUUUGUACAAAUGCAUGUAUUUGAUAUCAAUUAACUAGAGGUGUAGACAAUCAUGCUGGUUAGCAAAAAAAAGUGAUAAUUUAAAUAACCCAAGGAAAGGAGGCACUAAUUAAAUCUAGGGGAAAAUGGUAAAUUGUAAUUUCAUGAAAAUUCAGUUAAUAGAAAUUUCUUUAUUAUCUUUUUAUUUCUUAUAGUGUUUUGGAAGCAUUUUUUUACUUUUGUGGAAAUCCUGAAUAUAUCUUUGAAAUUUUUCUUACAGCUGUGUAAGUGCUUGCCUGUGACUUAGUCUUUUCCUUAAGUAUCCAAAUUACUCUGAAUCUGAACAUACGCUGUGGGAUUUUUAAAAUAUAUUUAACAGAGAGGUAGAAUUAUUGCUUUCAAUCUGUAACAAAUUCAGGCUUAAUAAAAUGAUCAAUCAA